AUGCCGUGUGUCUGUAUCUGCGUGUUCAUGUCCGUGUGGGCACGUGGGCUGCAGGUCUGUCCAGGGCUGACGCUGCCCAAGGUGAAGGGAAAGUGCAUCCCAGCCCUAGCUGGCUUCUUCUUCCUCCUGUCAGUGACGAUGACCGGCUGCUUUCUGUGGCAAUAUCACCUUCGGAAGGCAGAGCUCGGUUCCUCUGACAUGGAAGUGAUCUCGGAAACUGUGAGGAUGUGUCCCCGUUAUCCAGAGCCCGUGCCCCUCCAGCAUCCCCUCCCUGUGUUGAAAGAGGCCUUGGAGAAGGUGGACAGGCUUCUGCAGCAAAUAAUGCCCACUGUCCCUGGUCUCACGGCCAUGUCUGCUGUGGUCAUCUACAAUGACACCGUGCUGUGGACUGGCAACUUUGGCAGGAAGAAUGGCUCCGACAGGGCCUCAGGGCCCCCCACCGAGUAUACUAUCUACCGGAUUGCCAGCAUCUCCAAGAUCUUCCCCACGAUCAUGCUGUACCGCCUGUGGGAGGAAGGCAUUGUGGCGUCCCUGGAUGACCCCCUGGAACGCUAUGCCCAAAGCUUCAGGAUCAAAAACCCCCUUGAAACAGGUCCACGCCCAUUCUGGGGAAGGCUGAUGGAUGGGCUGGAGGAGGGGGCUCCACCCUUCAAAUCUACCACAGUAACUCUCCGAAGAAUGGCUAGUCAACUUUCAGGGCUACCCAGGAGACUCCGCUCAACCACCCUGCUGUGGCGGGGGAGCACCGAGGAUGCCCUGGCUCUUCUACAGGAUGACGUCCUGGUGGCUGAUCCUGGGACCAGGUGUCAUUACAGCACCUUGGCCUUCUCCCUGCUGGCCCACGUGUUGACCAGGCACACUGGCAAUAAGGACUACCAGCGAUGGGUGUCUGAGAACAUCCUGGAUCGGCUGGGGAUGGAGGACACGGGUUUCGACCUCGUGCCCUGGGUUCAGGCCCGGAUGGCCGCAGGCUUCUAUGGCAGCGGGAACCCCGCCCCGCUCUAUGACCUCGGCUGGUAUCGCCCCUCUGGUCAGAUGUACUCCACCCCCUCCGACUUGGCCAAGCUGGCCAUGGUGCUCCUUGGAAGCGCGCCGCAGAGUGUCCUGACACCAGAUACACUUAAAACCAUGCUGACUCCUCUCCUCACCUGUCCUGGGACCUACUUUGCCAACCAGACAGGCACCCCCUGGGAGUUCCACGGCCAGCGGGGCUACAGCAUCGUCCGGAAGGACGGGGACCUGGACGGCUACGCGGCUACCUUUUCCCUGGUCCCUCAGCUGAAACUCAGCUUCAUCGUGCUCAUGGCCGGGCCCCGUCCUCCGGGGCCGGACCUGGUGACCCAAGUGUACAACGUCCUCAUCCCCGCCAUGGAGACAGCCUUCCGGGAGGUCGAAAGGAGCCUCGCUUCGCCGCCCAACCCGGGCCCUUACUUGGGCUUCUACACCUAUGCUAACCUCACCUUCUACGAGAUCCUCCUCGGGCCCUCAGGGGUCCUCUGCAUGCAGCAGUUUGGGCCCCAAGUGGAGAAGCUGAUCCCGGCCAAGUUCCGGACCCUGAAGCUGCAUCACCUGCAGGGCCGUGUCUUCCAGAUGGUCGUGGACAAGGAGUUCCCCUGCGUCCUGCCUCUGGGGGCCGCCUGGCUUCCCUUGGAGACUCAGCACGGCCAGCUCCUCAACUUUUAUCCCUUUGACCAGAGGGGGCUCUCCCCGGGCUUUGAUGCCCCUGGCUUGAGCACCUACAAAGUCCUCCGGAUGGCCCAAAAACCCGUCUUCAAGACUGCCGCUUGAUCUCCCUCCGCCCUCGCCUCCGACCUCCUCGGUCUUAGCUGCGGCAACAGCGGGGGGAGGUUGGAGUCGGGAGGGAGGACUCGUGCUCUGGCCAAGGAAGGCAGCAAAGGAAGGAAGCCGAGCUCGAAGGCCCCGUGACACUUUGGGCCGCGUAACUUUGGAAAAAUCCGGCUCCCUCUCUGGGGCUCAGCUUUACAAGCCUUGGACUGGAGAUCCCCAAGCUUCCUCUUUGCCUCAAAUAUUCUGGCUCUCUGAUCAUAGAUUUAGAGCAGGAAGGGGAUCAUAGACAGUAGCUAGUAUUUUACAGACCUGCAGGGAUCGGGCGAUUUGCUCGAUGUUAUAUCCAGAGUAAUGGAAAUAGAUCUGACUCCCCACCUGUCCGGCUGCCCUGGUCGACCAGCACUCCCUUCCAGCUAGAGCUUUUAAGUCCCUGAUUCUGAGUUGGCCUGUCCCACCCAGGACCACUUGGAUGACGUUACUAGAUCUGACCAUCGGGUGGCAGCAUUGUUCCUUGGAGCAAACGCUCUUGCUCUGCUGGCUCUCCCCAAAGCUAACAGUAGCUUGAAAGUAGCUAAGACUUUGGAAACAGUUUCUCUUCUUUGUUACACGUCCCUGCCUCUAGGCCAUCAUUUCGCUCCUGUCCUCUAGGCGUCUGUCCUAUGUGAGAUGCAGCAGCUAGACUAAUUCACUGAGUCCUUUGCAGAAUCCUACAUAACCUUCCAUUAGAUCUGGGAAGCAGCUGCACAGAAAGUCAGUCAAUAAACAGUUAUUAAGCA